CAAUGCUUAGUUUUUUCAGCUCCUGCUAAUCUCAAAUAGCUAGGAGAAAUUAAAAAUGCACAGCACACACGGAGGGUCUCUCUCAGGAGGUUACAGUGGGCUAACCCUCACACACAGUGAGUAACCGGUGUGGUGCUCUCCGUACAGUAGAGGAGCUGAAUGUGGGGGAAGUCGCUCUGCGGUGUCCGGAUGUGGACGUGGCACAGCGCUGCAGCAGUUCCGCUGAAUGUCCGCUUCUGCUACCAAGAAGGGAUUAGUGAGAAACACCCCGGGACGACAUCGGCUUCCCAGUUUGUCGGCCACCGGGUUUCACAGCUUGCCCCCAGCAGAGGAUAGCCUUACUACUUACAACACUUCGGAGAUUUAGUGAUGAACUGAGGAUGAAUGUAAACCAGCACACUCCAAUGGCCUCUCCAUACGGCCAGCCUCAGCCUGGCUACGGCCAGCCCGGCUACGCUCCCCUGGAUGGGGGAUACCCCGCUCCCUAUGCACCUUACAACGGCCCCGCUUCAGCCUACCAACCUGGGGCUCCACCACAAGGUUAUUCUCCUUUUACAAGCUUUCCCUCUAAGGCUGUGGCAACCAACCCAGUCUCUGACCUCUCCUCUCCUCUUGACUUAGGUCCUGCCAGGGGUCCUCCCGUCUCUGGAGCCCCUCCAGUCUCAGCGCCUCAACCAUAUAAUCAGUACAGUCACAGUCAAGGGAACGUGCAGAAUGGACCCCCACCUAUGACACAGGCACCACCCAGGGACAGGGAUAAGGGUUUGGUGCAUUGUGUGCUGGGCGGCAGACAGGGCAGGGCGCCGAGGCGUGUUGAUCCCCGGCGGCGCAGACUGGCUCCAGGGACAUGGAAUGUCACCACUCUGGUGGGGAAGGAACUGAAGCUGGUGCGGGAGGUGGAGUGGUACCAACUAGAUGUAGCUGGGCUCACCUCCACAUGCAGCACUGGGUCUGGAACCAAACUCGCGGCUUUUACGGAGUUGCCCUGGGUGAGAGGUGUCCAGUGGGUGCGGGGAUACUGA